AUCAGAUGAUAGAGCAUCAUUCAGAGGAUGGCAGGCGGGGUCCAUUCAAAGGCCUCCCCAGAAAUCUCGGAUGCCAAGCCUGGCCUCGAAUGACGGGGAGCACCUUUCUCUAGCCGUCUCUCCGCCGCCCUUUGGACGAUGCCGUCGUAGCUCAUUCAUCCUGGGGCUGCUUCAGCUUCCGAACGAGGCCUUGAAGGCUGAAGGCUUUGGAGCAGGAUGGCAUCCCGGGGAGCUCCUCCCGCCUCCAUGGGAAAGGCCAGGCCCAGUCACGCUCUCUCAGCCUCCGGGGAGGAAGGGGCCCAGGGCCAGAGUCCCAAAGGAGCGGAAGUCGCCGGCCUUUUCUCUUCAAGGGCGCAGUUCUUGGAGGGAAGGAUGGGUGCGACGCGCCCUCCGGCCGCCAGGGGCCGCGCUUCCUCUGCGGCUGCGGCUUCCGGCAGCGAGGCGGUCCUCUCCUUCCUUCCUUCCGCCCCGGCUGGCUCCCUCUCUGGUGCCUUAGCGGCCUCCAGGCCCUGGGGAGCCUUGGCCCUUCGCCGGACGGAGGGAUGGCCAAGUACCUGGCGCAGAUGCUGCUGGUCGGGGCGCAGGUGGUGGGGCGGGCCUUCGCCAGGGCGCUGCGGCAGGAGUUCGCAGCCAGCCAAGCGGCAGCCAACGCCCGCGGACAGACAGGCUCCCAAUCCACCACCGCGGCCUCCAGCCUCUCUGGGAUCACCCUCCAGGAAGCCCAGCAGAUCCUCAAUGUCUCCAAGCUCAACCCAGAGGAGAUCCAGAAGAACUACGAACACUUGUUUAAGGUGAACGACAAGUCAGUGGGAGGCUCUUUCUACCUGCAGUCCAAGCCAGACUGGCUCUUUGCCAGCUUUGCUUUGCCACUCCGCUCUCCCUGCAGGUGGUGAGGGCCAAGGAGCGCCUGGACGAAGAGCUGCAGAUCCAGUCCCAGCACCACAGAGAACGAGACCCAGAGCACAAGCCAGGCACGUAACAACCUGGUCCCCCCCCCCCCC